AUGGCGGAAGCAGCUCACCCCCUCACUGAAUCUGCUCUGAGGAAACUAGAGGACCAGGUGACCUGCCCUGUCUGUCUGUCAGAGUACAGCGACCCAAGAGUCCUCCAGUGUGUCCACACCUUCUGCAGGAAGUGCCUAGAGGGUCUUGCCAAGGAAGGCCGAACAGAAAACGAGCAGUUGCUUGUGGUGGAGUGCCCGGUGUGUCGAAAGGAGACUAAAGUCCGAUCCAUAGAUCAACUACAGAGAGCAUUCCACGUACAGAGUCUGUUUGAGAUCAAGAGCGAUUUGGAGAAGGGACGAGAACAGGGUGCUAGCCAGAAACACGACGUAUGUGGGGCACACAGGAUGAAGGUCGAAUACUACUGCGUGACAUGCAGUGUGCUCCUCUGUAGUGGGUGCACACAUGGGGCACACAAGCUUCACUCAUUUGACGAAAUUUCUGUAUCUGCGGGAGGAGUGACGAAAGAAAUGGGGGCAAAGUUGAGUGGACUCGAUUCUAAAGUCACCCGUGUGGAAGAAGCUAUUGAUGAAAUCGAGGCAGGUUGCCAGAAAGCCCACAGCGAGGAGAUAGAGAUGCAAGGAGCUAUCAGAGAAAGCAUCGGAAAAGUUCACCAGUUGUUAGAGGAAAGAGAGAGCGAGCUGAUAAAAGAUCUGCGGGAGAUGACAGGGCAAAAGGUCCACAAUCUAACACUCCGAAAGAACCAACUGCAGCUGGUGGAAAAUCAGCUGAAGAGCUGUCGGGAAGCCGUAACUGAAAGCCUACAGGAAAAAUCGCUCACAUUGACCCUUCUGCUGAGUAAGACAUUGGGGCAUAUGGUCGAUGAUGCCGGUGGCGUCUUCCAAGAGAUGAUGAGCAAUGUUAGACAUGCUGCGAAUGACAUCGCGUUUUUCGCAGACGAAUCAGCCCUAGAUCCACUGAGAGAAUUUGGAAACGUGUAUGUUAAGGUCCCACACGCUGAGCACUGCCUAGUGGAAGGUGACGGUUUGUCUAAGGCCAAAGUUGGGGACCCGGAGGAGGUGAAACUAAGCCUCUACAACCGGCACAACUUGGAGAUCGACGUGGAACUAGCGGCUCAUAUGGUCUCUUCUGAGCUGUAUUUGUCCGCUGCAGUCGAGUCAAAUACCGUUGAGUCGGAUCUUGUCAAGUGUAGCAUCGACAAACUGGAUAAAAACCAGUGCAUGCUAAAGUAUACUCCAACGGUGAAAGGACCACAUAAGCUAGACAUAGACGUUCUUGGUCACCCUGUCAGAGGAAGCCCGUUUAACGUGACUGUGAAGGCACCACUUGGAAUGAUAGGUCCUGAACCGGUGCAUGUGAUCCCUGGCCUGCCUCAACCAUGGGGUAUAGCUGUGGACAAGACAGGGAGGCUGAAUGUCUCUGUCAGUGGAAGAAAAGAAGUGGUGGUUCUGAGCAGUCGCUCUGGGGAGAAAAUAUCCACUGCAGUCAAGAGACGGUUUCUGGCAAGCAUCCUCGAAGAGCCGACAGGAGUGGCGCUUGAUAGAGACGGAAACUUGAUUGUUGCCGAUUUCAGACUCUCGCAGAUACACAGGGUGACACCUAAUGGGCAGAUAGUGCAGUCUGUCGGGAGCAGCGGAUGUAAAAAUCUCGAGUUCACCUACCCAUCUUCCCUGGCCGUACAUCCAGUCACUGGCCGUGUGUAUGUGACAGAAUGGCAGGAAAGCAACAGAGUCCAGAUACUCAACCGCGACUUUUCGUUCUACAAGACGUUUGGCUGUUCGGGAAGCGGACAGGGAGAGUUCCAGUGUCCUAGUGGAAUCGCGUUUGACUCCCCAGGGAAUGUGUACGUGGCCGACUGUAACAAUGCAAGGAUACAGGUGUUCACUUGUGAAGGGGAUUACAUCAGGGAGUUUGGGACGCGAGGGAGGAAGGAGGGAAAGUUGGGUCUGCCAAUGGGUCUCUGUAUGGACCAUACUUCAGAGGUGCUCUACAUCACAGAUGUGCUUAAUCACAGGGUGUCCCUCUUUAGCACCGAGGGGGCAUUUUUGCGGAGUUUCGGACGCUUUGGAACUGGAGCUGGAGAAUUCAACAAGCCGCAGGGAAUUGCGGUUGACGAGUUUCGCUUUGUGUAUGGGGAGGGGUUUGAUGUAAUGAAGUCUGGAGAUGCCAGAGUGGCACUUAUUGGAUUUCCUUCCGUGGGCAAGUCCACUCUACUCAACAAGUUCACAUCCACUCACAGUGAAGCUGCCGGCUACUCAUUCACCACUCUAACCUGCAUACCUGGAGUCAUUGACUAUCAUGGAGCCAAGAUACAGUUGCUGGAUCUUCCUGGGAUCAUUGAGGGGGCUGCUCAAGGGAAGGGAAGAGGACGGCAGGUGAUAGCAGUAGCCAGGACUUCAGAUCUUGUCCUCAUGAUGUUGGACGCAGGUAAGGGAGAGGUACAGAAGAGACUACUGGAGAUAGAGUUGGAGGCAGUUGGCAUAAGACUCAAUAAGAGGCGACCAAACAUCUAUUUCAAGGUGAAAAAAGGAGGAGGAAUGUCCAUCAAUUCAACAGUCACGCUAACACGGAUGAGUGAGAAGAUGGCACAGCUCAUUCUCCAUGAAUACAAGAUCUUCAAUGCUGAGAUUUUAUUCAGGGAGGACUGCACAGCAGAUGACUUUAUAGAUGUAAUCAUUGGAAAUAGAGUCUACCUCAAAUGUAUCUAUUGUUACAACAAGGUGGACACUGUGAGUCUGGAGGAAGUGGACCGGCUGGCGAGACUGCCUUACAGUGUGGUCAUCAGCUGCGAGCUGGAGCUCAAUUUCAACACUCUCCUCUCUCUCAUCUGGGACUACCUCAGUCUCCUUAGGCUCUACACUAAGAAGAGAGGAGAACCUCCAGACUUCAGUAAUGAUCCAUUGAUCAUGAGGCAAGGCUGCAAUGUGGAGCACGUGUGUCAUGCUGUUCACAGAACCUUAGUUGAUCAGUUCAAGUAUGCUCUGGUCUGGGGACUUAGCACAAAGUACAGUCCCCAAAGAGUAGGCAUACAGCACAUCAUGAAAGAUGAGGAUGUUAUUCAAAUUGUCAAGAAAUGAUGGACCAGUGUUUGUUUUUUUGUGCAUGUUUUGAUGUUGUAAUGUUCAAAAUCAGUGUCUUUCUUGGAUGUGAAAGCUGAACAUGGGUGACAAUUGCCUGUUUUGACAGUUGUAGCCCCCUUAUCAGCUGAUUAAAGAAUGCACACCUAUAUAGGCCCAAUAUCUGGAUCAUAUUUGCUAAAGCCCCACGUGGAAGAGCUGUUGUGCUUCUGAAGCCAUCUCCUCUUUGGUUGGUAAUCACUAAACAAUCAUCAUGUACAAAAAAAGCACAACAAAAUGCCACAAUUCAAACACAAUUGAAAUAGUUGCAUAAAAUGCUACAUGUCUUUUACCUAGGGAUCACACAGGCUUGGGAUUUUUGGAACACUAAGAUAAACAGUUACGUGUAUUAUUGGAUGAGUCCAUUUUGACGUUCUUUUGCUGUCUAGUAUUCCCAUAGAGUAGUGCUGGAGAUGGCACUGCCCUUUGCAGUGAAGCUUCCGUUCUGUGCCCCUUGCAAGAACUUGCCGUUGGGUGCUAUGAUGACCACGUGCGUGUGGACUCGCAGCUCAAAGAUAAAGUCGACGGGCGAUUCGGACGUGAUGGUAACAUUGCCGUCGCCGUCUACACUCAUGUAUUUCCCAUUGCUGCCCUUGAUGUGGAAAACGCCGUUCUUGCACUCGACGUGGAAGAUGUCGUACUGCGACCUGUUGCACUCGAGGACCCCCGAGCCCCCCUUCACGCCCACGAAUCCGUAGCUCCCCCUCAGAACGAGCAGGGGUCGGUUGAUGAAGUCGAACACAAACUUGCAGUCGUCAGUGAGCUCUGCAGACUCGGCGGACAUCUUGCCGUUUGUCUUGACCGAGAUGUACUUCCCAGUGGUCGCGGACUUGAGUGCGAUCAUUGGCCCUAGCCACUCCACCACGAACUGGCUCUUGUCCCCGAUGCUGUCUGCGUCGUCUGUUAUACCAGGGUUUGCGGACCAGUACUUCUUCUUGUUUCCUCGCAAGGCCCACUUGCAGUUGCCAGACUUGUCUGUGCGGUCGACUGCUUCCAUUUGGAAGAUCUCGGAGUCAGACAGGGUCUCCUGGGCCUGGUUGGCGCGCACCUCGAGCCCGUCGCGAAUGGACACCAGCUUACCGUUAGCGACGGCUGUGAGGCUCAGUUGCGGGUGGCUGUCCAUUAGCACGAACAGCUCGUCUUUGCCGAUGGUCCCCUUGCGGGACUGGACCUUAGCCAUGGCUCCCACGGCCGUCAGGUACUUGCCUUCGCGGUCUUUGAAGGCGACAUGCGUGUCGCGGAAGACGAUGGUGAAGAGCGUGUGGUCGUUCACCUUCGCCACGAGGUCGCCGUUGCGGUGGAGGACCAUCCCGUUGGAUGCGCGCAGAGCGUACUUGCCGCCGUGGAACUCGAGGAUGAUGAGCGCGUCGGAGCCCCAUGGGAUCUCCUCGUCACAGACGAGCUCUGACUCAUCCUUGAGACGGCAAAAGGUGCGCCUGCAGACGUUGAAGAGAUUGAUCUGCGGGUGCAUGGCGAGGUGGAUUGUGAAGAGGUUGGUGGCGUCUAUCGUCUGGAAAAACCCGCUGAUGCUGUCCCCGCUCCCGCCCAGGUAGCGGUUGUACGAGGACUUGAUGGCCACCCUGCCAUCGUCCUGCGUUUCCAGCGUGAAGGUCUGGUCCGGCCCGAUUUCCUCCCCGGCCGCGUUCACGUUCCCGUCCUUGUCGAUGGAGAGGAACUUCCCGGCGUGGCUCUGGAGCGCAAUGCCGCUGCCGUGGCGCAGCAGCGUCCAGAUCUGCUUCUGUUUCAUGGUGGUGCCGUUGGCGGUGACCUUGCACUGGAAGGUCUCGGCCGUGAGAUACCUGUUAGCCGAAUUUAGGAGCCCGAGGGUCCACUUGAGCGACACGUCGAUGCCUCCAUGGACGGCCAUCUCUUCGGAUCUGCGUGUGCACGAUGCAAGGUAAACGAGAGCAGGAGGAGAGAGCUGUGCAACUGCUGCAGCACGGGGCCCUGGGCGACGGAUUUUGCAGAGCGGAAAAGGAGGGCGUGUCGCUCAAAGCGCG